AUGCGCCUUUCGAAUUCGUUACCCUUACUCUCGCUAUUAUUUGCACCUUCUCUCGCAGACCUACUUCCGCGAACCUAUGACACCCACGACUUCUUCGCCCUCCACCUCGAUGAUUCCGUAACUCCCGAAUAUGUCGCAGCGGCUCUAGGAGCCCGCCACGAAGGUCAGAUCGGCAGUCUACCGGGCCAUCACAAAUUUUCUCUACCUCAAGAUCAGUCAUCCAGAGUCGAGUCAUUAUUGGAAGAUUUGCGAGUGGAUCGGAAACUGAAGAAGCGUUCAAGCUCUUACGGCAAGCGGGGAGAUGGGCUCGACGGCGUCCUCUGGUCGCAGAAGCUGGCUUUGAAAGAUCGACUACACAAAAGAGUUCCUAUAGAGCUGGUCUCAAAGGAUGAACCUGCAGGCCCACAGCCUGAGGCCGUGGAUAGACAGAAGCGUAUUGCGUCGGACUUGGCCAUUAAAGACCCUCUAUUCCAGAAACAAUGGCAUCUGUUCAAUACGGUACAACUCGGCCAUGAUUUGAAUGUGACCGGCGUGUGGCUGGAGGGCAUCACGGGAGAAGGAGUGGUCACUGCCAUUGUCGACGACGGGCUGGAUAUGUACAGUAACGAUUUGAAGGAUAACUAUUUUCCUGAGGGAUCCUGGGACUUUAACGAAAACGCGGAAGAACCGAAGCCAUUAUUGUUCGAAGACAAACACGGCACUAGGUGCGCGGGAGAAGUGGCAGCCGUCCGAAACGGCGUUUGCGGUGUCGGCAUGGCUUACGACAGCAAAGUCGCCGGUAUCCGAAUUCUCUCUAAGCCCAUCGAUGACGCCGAUGAAGCUGCAGCUAUCAACUAUGGCUUUCAGAAAAACGAUAUCUAUUCUUGUUCGUGGGGCCCUCGAGAUGACGGACAAACGAUGGAGGCGCCCGGGAUACUUGUGCGGCGUGCGAUGGUGAAUGGAAUCGUACAAGGACGUGACGGCAAAGGCUCAAUAUUUGUCUUCGCUGCAGGCAACGGUGGUAUGAGCGGAGAUAACUGCAAUUUUGAUGGUUAUACAAACAGUAUCUACAGUAUCACCGUGGGCGCCUUGGACCGAAGGGGAGGUCAUCCAUCAUAUUCCGAGGCCUGCUCUGCGCAGCUGGUUGUUGCUUAUAGUAGCGGUGGCGGGGAUCAUAUACAUACGACCGAUGUCGGCACGGAUACCUGUACGAAUGCUCACGGCGGUACAUCAGCUGCCGGUCCUCUUGCUGCAGGAGCUAUCGCUCUUGGAUUGAGCGUGCGACCUGAUUUGACCUGGCGCGACGUACAAUAUAUUUUGCUCGAAACUGCCGUGCCGGUUCAUGCGGACGACGACGAAGUGCAGAUGACUCCAAUCGGCAAGGAGUUCAGCCAUCAGUAUGGCUACGGGAAAGUGGAUACAUAUAGUUUCGUCCAAAAGGCCAAGAACUGGGAACUUGUGAAGCCGCAGGCUUGGUAUACUUCCCCUUGGUUGCGAGUUGAAAAGGAUGUACCGCAAGGAAACCAAGGUCUGGCUAGCUACUUUGACGUGAAUUCGGAUAUGUUGAAAGACGCCAACCUCGAGCGUGUAGAACAUGUCACUAUCACUAUGAACGUCAACCACACGCGGAGAGGCGAUAUAAGUGUUGAGCUGCGUGGCCCUCAGGGUAUUGUCAGCCAUCUUAGUGUUCCCAGAAAGAACGACGAAGCGCAGGUUGGUUAUGUAGACUGGACAUUUAUGUCUGUCGCACAUUGGGGUGAAUCCGGCGAAGGUGUUUGGAGUGUCGUUGUUAAAGAUACUGUGGUAAACGACAAUACUGGCGUAUUCAUCGAUUGGCGCAUGACUCUCUGGGGAGUUUCUAUCGAUCCUGAAAUUCAGCAACCACACCCUCUUCCUGAUGAACACGACGACGAUCAUGACAUUGAAGAUGCUGUAUAUGCUACCGUCAGCAUUAAACCGCAUCCGGUGACCACUGCAGCUCCAACUGCUACGGACCAUGCUGAACGACCAACCAAACCCACUAAUACGGAAGCUAAGCCGACUGCCACUCCUGAAGUUCCUACUCCAGUCGACGAGGAGCUAUCGGAAGAACCGACUGAUUCUGACACCGCCGAGCCGACUGCAUCAACUUCUCCUGGCUUCUUGCCGUCAUUCCUGCCUACAUUUGGCGCAACUCCCCAUACGCAAGUUUGGAUAUAUGCCUCAAUCGCGCUCAUUCUUGUCUUUUGCCUGGCUCUAGGCAUAUAUUUCUAUGUCCAACGCCGUAACCGACUACGCAAUAACCCUCACGACGACUACGAGUUUGAGAUUAUCGACGAUGAAGAUGACGCAGCGGCGCCAUUGGCGGGUCGGCGCGGACGAAAGCGACGAGGUGGUGAAUUAUAUAACGCAUUUGCCGAGGAGAGUGAUGAAGAGCUUCUCAGUGGAAACGAUGAUGACGAGGAAGGUCCGUUUCGAGAUCAUUUGAAAGAAAAGGACGGUGAACAUCAUUAAGGGCUGGUACCUGUUUUGCAUGUUGGUUGAUUUGUUGGCUGUAGUAUAGUCUUGUUGCUUGUUGUACAGCGUAUAGGCAUUACCCAUGUUGUUGGAC